CUUUUUUCUUCAUAGUUCAAUAAUUAAAUUUUUGUAAACAAACCACUUAAUCUUAUAAACUCUUUCGAUAAAAACUCUAUGCGAAAUUAAAAUAUCCAAACUCAAUUCUUACAUGAGCUAUGAAAGUCCACGCAUCAACAAACAAAGGUAACCUCAGCAAGGAUACAUUACUCACAAAAAAGGCAUCUAAAGUCAAAUUGGUCCAAAAGUCACUCUCUUCUCCUGGCUCAAAUAUCACAUCAGACAACUCCAAUGCUUUUCUUUCCUCUUCCCAAAAGCCAAUAAAAAAGAAAUCACAAACCAACAUUCGCCUAAACGCUAACAUGAACAAUGAACGACCUGUAUUGCGUAUGAGCGCCUCUUCUUCUCGAUUUGGCAAGAAGCAUCUUUUACCAACCUGGCUAGUAGGUCAUGCUGGCGUAGAAUAUAGUAGUACAACACCAAGCAGUCCUACUUCAUUUCGUUCAAACACUAACUCAAACAAUUCUUCGCCUACUUCAGCUAAAGCAUCUACUGUGUCAAAAGCCAGCACUGAAAUGGACUUGAAUGAAUUACAAGUUGUAUUUGAAAAGCUGCUUGAUGAAUUGAAUAUGAAGGAUACUCAUCGAGAAAAACUUCGUAAAUUACCCACUGACCGCAAACUCUACUUGCUUCAACAAAAUCAGCACAUAAAAGAUAGUGAUACUUCAAAGAAACCCACAUUGCCAUCUUCAAACUCAAGUGCUUCUAUAUUUCAACCUAAAGCUUUACGGCAAAAAGCAAUGAAGCGCAGCGAGGCAUCAUCUCGCAUUUUUAAUAGCCAAGCAAGUACCAAACCAACUAAACAAGCCUCCGAAGAUGGGGCCCGCAAAUCACUUACAUCAUUUCUGAUUUCGACUGAUUAUGAAGACCCUAUCACCAACGUCAAAAAAUCGGAUGUAGUUUCGUCUCCUUAUUCUUUAAAAGAUAACUCAAAAGCUAAUUCCAAUCCAGAAAGCCCAAUGAUGAGCACACGAGCCGCCCUUUAUAAGUUUUCGCGGAGAAAUCUAGGAGAAAACCGAUCUAUUGUAGGCUCAAUGGUCUUGGAAUUUAAUGCACUUGCUCACAAGGCAGAAGAAACUGGUGAUGAAUCAGAUGCAUGGCUAUUGCUCGAUAACAAGACUCUAUCGAGACAAUACUUGAACAGUAGUACUACACGAACCAAUCAUGUUGCACAACGGCCAUCUGUCAGCUCUAUUUUUCCUUCUACAAGUGCCUCAAUAACUAAGCCUUUGUCGCCUACUGUAGAACCAUCAUUGUCUAGUUCAAUAUUGACAAAUAGUCAAGCCUAUCAAAUGUUAACUAAAGAAGAUUCUCUAAAACGUCGUGACCGCAACAGCCCUUUUUAUUAUGUAGAGCGUCUAAAAAGCAGAAAUACAAACACAGAUGCAUUGACAAAACAUUUAACUUCAUUAAGAAUAACGUUGGCUACAGGUACUGUUUCUUGGAUCAAUGAGUUUCUUUCAAGACGUCAUGGCGGUCUUAUUGCACUCGAAAAUGUUCUUGAGAAACUACUUCAGAAGAAACGCAGGAAAAAGAAUGGAAGUAAACUGACCGAAAUCGAAGAGCAAUGCCUGAUUGAGUGCAUAAAAUGCAUACGGGUCCUAUUGAAUACAAAAUCGGGCCUUCAACAAGUGCUUAUGCGUCCUGUGGUGCUCCACCAGCUACUUGUUGCAUUAUUCGUAUGUUUGGCGUCUAUAUCCGCUUUACGACUUGCCAUACCUUUUAGCUCAAGUGAUGUUGUCAAAAGCUCGCCAUCUACCAAUUCAAUAAGCUCAUAUAUAUUGCCUUCAUUUUCCACAAAUAGUACGAAUACACCUACACCUUCGAGAUCCAGCUCUCAUUUUACAAAAGAAGAUGCAAAGGAUAGCGAGGCAAUUGAAAUAUCUUACAAGAUUUGUAUCAUCAUUUUUGAAAUAUUUUCAGCACUUUGUCUCGUAUCUACAGCAGGUUAUGAUGCUAUGAUUGCUGUUUUGUCUCAGAUCAAAGACGAGCAAUACCGAUUUGAGCGCCUUGUACAGUCUCUACAUGAUCUUGGUGUCACUCAUUCAUCAACCGAAAAGAAAGUAGUCGGCAACUUUUCCACAUUGAUUGAAGAACAGCAAGAACCAUUGGCUUUUGAUUGUGCAGCAGCUGCUUUAAGCAUGUUUAACAAUAUCGUACACACGCCCGAUACAGUUGAAAAACGAAACGCAUUGAGAAGUGAAUUAGAACGUAGAGGCUUUGAAGAACUCAUUAGAUGCCUUUACCAAAAGAGACAUAUGCUUCCCAAUGCAUUGGAAGAACAAGUAACCAUCUAUCUUCAGCAAAAACGACUUGAUCAAGAGAAAUCAAGUGCUAUGGAAAAGAACAAGAGACAAAGUAUCUUACAGCUUCAACCUAGUGACAUGGUGGCUUCUGCAUUAAAUUUUUUUUCUCAGGAUCCUGAAUUAUACUGUCUUGUCGUAGAUAGUAUUAGCGAGAUUAUCACCAUAGGAUCAGAUCAAAUAUCAACUAACAGGAAUUUUGUUCAAGAUAUCUGGAAUAUCAUAAAUUUGUUUUCCAAGAGUCUAAAGAGUCUUCAUAAUGAAAAUCAGUUUCAGACCAUGUUACAGCAGUUUAUGGUCUCUAUUCAGCCUAUCGUUGGCAAAAUCUCUGAAAAAGAGCAGAGAGAAAUAUCCAUCGACCAUGCUACUACAUCUGCUACUGCAACUAGUAACAGUAACAAUUCCGAAGAUAUAGAAGGUUUACGAAAUAUGGUAGAUGAACUUAAAGAUAACUUUAUCAGAAGCCAAGAUGCAGCUACAAAAAUUCGUCGAGAAAAGAAUGAGUUGUUGAUGAAAAUGUCAAAGGUACUAGCUGAUGUCAAGGAAAGAGAUGAUCGAAUCGCAGCUUUGGAAGCCGAAGUAAAGCAAGGCAAAUCAUCAGAACAAAAAUCCACCAACAACAUAGGGUCUUCUGUUUCAUUGUCCUUACCAUCACCAUCAUCUUCUUAUGCACCACUUCCACCACCUCCACCUCCACCUCCACCUCCGCCUCCGCCUCCGCCAUUCAUACCUGCCAUGUCAUUUGUUAUGGAGCGAAAAAAACUCGCUCCAAGCGAUGCAUCUGAUCGAAACUCUCGAUAUUUACAUCCGCUCGCAUUGAACUUAUGUUUUCCCAAUUUGAAGUCUUUGCAUAAAAACACUUCAAACCAGUCAAACGACAUCAUAACAUCUACAUCUAACGAUAAGGAACCCAUCGAACCAAGCGAAGAAGAUGUAUUGAAUUCACAACGCAUAGCGCAAUCAACAUUUCCUCUUGUCAUGAAACAGUUUUUCUGGUCAAAGCUAUCUGUAGACAAGAUAGAAAAUACCAUUUGGGACGAAAUUCUUAAGUCUCCUGGUUUAACUUCCAACUAUGAAAGUAGUAACGGUAGUAUUAGCAGUAGUAGUACUAUCACUGACGAAGAAGAACUCGAUGAGUAUCCAGUUCAGUUGGAUACGGUUGAACUGGAACGUUUAUUUAAAAAAGGAAGCAAUUCGUACAAUACAGCAGCUAUAUCUAUGAAUCCAAGCAUCAUUCGCAAACAGAAUACAAUUACUUUAUUAGAGUUCAAUCGCGCCAAUAAUAUUGCUAUCAUGUUGGCCAGAAUCAGACUUCCUUAUCCAGAUAUUCGAGAUGCCAUUUGGAAUAUUGAUGAUCAUAUCUUAAGUAUAGAUAAUCUGGUAGCUAUUCGACAAUAUAUCCCCACUAAAGAAGAAGUUGAGAUCGUCAAAGAAUACCAAGGUGAUGUAGAUAUGCUUGGCAAUGCAGAGCGCUAUUUUCGAUCCAUUAUGUAUAUUCCUCGGUUGGCUGACCGUGUGAGCUGCAUGAUUUUCCGUCGUCGAUUUAAGCAUGAACUGGAAGAAAUCUUACCUCAGCUUGAUGUGAUUCAAAUGGCUAUGAAUGAGCUCAGACAAAGCGCACGAUUCAAACAUCUAUUAAAGACUGUCCUGGCCAUUGGUAACUAUCUCAAUUCUGAAACUAUCCGAGGAAAUGCUUUCGGAUUUCAUUUGGAUGCUUUAUUAAAGAUGCGAGAUACAAGAGCAGAAGGAGAAGGGAACAGUAAUGUGCCUACGUUGCUGCAUUAUUUAGUGUACUUUUUAUCAAAGUCCGAUGACGAUGUCGUCAAUUUCAAGCAAGAUAUUUCUCAUUUACACACAGCGGCAAAAUUAUCACCUGUGACACUCUUUGCCAGUGUAAAUGCGCUUAAUGGUGGCUUAAUACAAGUCAAGGACGAGUUGCAUAUGAACAGAAGAAAGAAAACGUCAGAACUUCAGAUAGAUCGAUUUGCUGAAGCAAUGGAAGAAUUCUUAUUGGAAGCAGAGCCUGUGAUUGAUGAUCUCAAAAAAAUGACAAGAGACAUGGAAGAAGAUCUGAAAGAUUUGGUUGUAUAUUAUGGUGAAGAUCCCAGCACAAUUAAGCCAGAAGAAUUCUUUGAUAUCAUCUCGACUUUUUCAAAAUCUUUUGAGGUACGUGUAUCCUAAUUACUAUUUUAAGCAAUUUCAUGAAAACAAACAAAUCUGUCUAUAGAAAGCCCAAAUCGAAAUCCAUGAGGCAAGAGAAAGAGC